AUGGCCGCUGGCCGCUGGCCAUACCCGAAACUCAGAUUCCUGGAGGGAGCCGCCCCGUGGGAUCCGCCGUUUGCCGGCGUUGUCCACGGGGUCUGGACCCUUCAUCUGAGGGCCACAUUCCGCAGCCUGCCAGCGCCUUCACGGGCGUCUGGUCGGAUCAACUGCGUGCGGACUGGUGCUGAGGAGUUUAGUGGGGGCAAUUGGAUGGUUUCAGCGUCCCCCCGGUACGCCGGGGGUGCCGCCGCGACCGGGCUUCAGAAACCAUCUUGUAGCUGA